GGAAGUUUUUGUUAAGUGAAAUGGACCGAAUCUAGAUAACUUUCUCCUAUCCGGGUAUUUCCGUGUUUCACUUGGCAGUCAUUUAUUCCAAAUAGAUUUCAAAACUAACUCUUCAGUCUUGAAAACUGGCACUGCAGUAAAGUAACAUUGACGUCACUUCUCCGCCCCAUGUGAAGGGAAAAGUUGGUGUCAAAAAUCACAGAAAAAUGAUUAUUAAGGAAUUUCGUGUUGUUCUUCCUAUUACAGUAGAAGAGUAUCAAGUGGGGCAGCUCUACUCUGUUGCAGAAGCUAGUAAAAAUGAAACUGGUGGCGGAGAAGGCAUUGAGGUGCUUAAAAAUGAACCUUUUGAUAAUGUACCUUUAUUAGGAGGAAAAUUCACUAAAGGCCAGUAUACUUAUAAGAUCUAUCACUUAGCCAGUAAAGUUCCAGCAUUUAUUCGACUUCUGGCCCCUAAAGGAUCUUUGGAAAUUCAUGAAGAAGCCUGGAAUGCUUAUCCUUAUUGUAAAACAGUUAUAACGAAUCCUGAUUAUAUGAAAAACAAUUUUUUUAUAAGCAUUGAAACAAUGCAUUGUCCAGAUGCUGGUGAUCAACAUAAUGUUCAUGAGCUGCCACCAGAGAAGCUGAAACAACGAGAUGUAGUGUUUAUAGACAUUGCAAAUGAUACUGUAGAAAGUCGGGAUUAUAAAGAAACUGAAGAUCCAACUAAAUUCAAAUCUGAGAAAACAGGAAGAGGUCCAUUAGUUGGAAACUGGCAGAAAAAUUGUACUCCUAUAAUGUGUGCCUAUAAAUUAGUGACUGUAGAAUUUAAAUGGUUUGGAUUACAAAAUCGGGUGGAAUCAUUUAUUCAAAAGACAGAGCGAAGAAUUUUUCUCAACUUUCAUCGUCAAGUAUUCUGCUGGUUGGAUAGAUGGCAUGGUAUGACAAUGAAAGAUAUUAGGGAUUUGGAAGAUAAAACUAAAAGGGAAUUGGAUGAACAACGCAACAAAGGUCAUGUUCGAGGAACUCAAGAAAUUUGAUCUGUGCAGAAUUAGAUCACUACCAACUUUUCCCUGUAUUUUGGAAAAGCAACACUCACUGCCUAAUUCCAUAGCAUCUAUAGGAAGGAAGUAUAGUUAUAUGUUUAUGAGGGUAAAUAUGGUACCUGGAUUUACUGUUGUCCAAGGCAUUUUGAGAUUGAAGUCCAACUUUGGCUUUAGAAAUUGAAAAUGUUUUGCAUACAUCAAAGAAAUUUAUUUUUUUAUAUAUAGUAAUAUAUUUCAAACAGCUCUUUAAAGAGUUAGUCAUUAUUUCUCUCAAUCAACUAUGUACAUAUGCUUUCUUUUAUUGCAUUACAGAAUUGUGUUUAUAUAUAGAGUACCAAGAAGCUGCAUUCCAAACCUACAACAAUCCAUUUUCCGUCUUAAAAUUUACAGUUCAUUUGAAGAAUGUUUUAAUUUUAUUUAUGCAUAUAUGUAACUUUUACUCAUGUAAUUCUUUUGGUUAAAUAUUUGUACUAAUGUCUAUUAUUUUUAGGUUUUUGGAAUGUAGUUGAUUAUAAUUAUACUAUUUUAUGCUCAAAUUCUACGAAAGUAUAUUUUUUUGGUGAUAUGUUAGAUCUACACUAUAAAUGUAAAUAACCAUCUUUUAUGUACAUAGUUCUAGAAACCUUAUUUAUGUGUAUUGUUACCUGAAUUGUUACUAAAUUUAGUCUAGUCAUUUUUAAUCCAAAUAGCAACUAUCAGCAGAUGUACAGUGAAUAAAGAAAACUAUACCAAAGAAUUCUUUCCUAUUGUAUAUUCUGCUGAUAAUACUUGAAGAAUUUCUCAUUUUCGGAAUAUUUAUUUUUAACAUAUUUAUAAUUCUUAUUUUGUUAUUUGGAAAGGAGACUAAUUUAUGAAUUUCACAGCUAUGUCAAUAAAAAAAGGUCUGAUUUUAUGUGGUAACAAUUAUUUGUAAUCGGUCUGCUUAUUGUAGUGUUAUUUUUGUGUAUGUAAUGGCAUUAUCAUCCUGCAUCUUUUUUGUCUUAUUUAUUUAGUUUGUGAUUACCUCAUAUUUUUGUGAAGGGUAGGGUUCUUGCCAUUUUCAAAGGAAAUUAUCAUUUAUAGAUCUUUCAUGAUUUGUUUAUGCUGUUAUUGAAUUUUAGUCAUAAGGAAUCAUAAGGGUUCUGUUAGUCAUAAGAUUCUGUGAAAUUGAUUUUAUUAAAUCUUAAUCAUACUAUAAUAAUACUUUUAUGUUAUUAUGGAAUUACUCACUUUUAAAUAGAUUAUAUUUAUACAGGUUCAUAUAAUAAUUAAUCAUAAAAUGUAAUAUAGGAUAUGAUAUUUGAAUGUGUAGAGACAAAUAAUGCACAGCUGAAAUUAUUUAUAAGAUAAAUGUUGAAUAUUUCAAAAUAGUUUAUGACACUGAUGCAGAUUAUACACCUCUACUGACUAGAUAAUAAAAUAUAUACAAUUUUAGAAUGUUAAAUUUAUUGCAUAUUUCAUUAAUUAAACUUUUUUGAAAGCAAAUGAAAUGUUAAUUUCUUAUAUGAAAGCAGCCAGCUGUUAUAAAUUUAUUCAGCUGUCUAGGAAAUAUUUUUAUUGUAGAUUAACUAAUUUAAUUUGAAAUCAGUGUUUCACAAUAAAAAAAUGUUGGUUAAAAUCUAAAUUAAUACAAAAUAUUGUAUAGUCUAAAUAUAGAAAAGUUCAAUCAAACAAAUUACUGUUUGCAGUACAUUGUCUGUGUACAAAAAUGUUUGAUUAUAUUUGCUAGAAUUGUUGAAGUUUUAAAAAGUUUUGCAUUGGUUAUAGAACGGAUAAUGUCAUAAAUGUGAUGUUUUGAGUUUUGUUAUAUUUGAGUGGUUUUUAAAGUUGUUUUACUAUUUGUUUUGUUUUAAUGAUAGUUUAUCACAUUUGUGUUCGCUCCAAAGAUACCGUGUUAUAAAUUGGUACUAUAUUGAAUUUUUUAAAUUUUACAUUUCUUCUUUAUGGGUAUAUUUAUUUUGACAGAGUUUAUUUAUAAUGUAUACUUUAUAUAUUAAAUAUUUUUACUUGGAUAUGUAUAUUUUUUUCCUACCCGGUAAAUGUCCCAGUUGUAUAAAUUACUUUAUCUUCAUGAAUUAGAAAUUAUUUUUACUAAUCCAGAAGUUAGCUGUUUUUAACAUGCUUUAUGAAGAAUAUAGGAUCGACUUGAACGAUCAUGUUUAAAACAAAACUUGUCAUCCAUAAAAAAAAAAUAAGGAAGAAAAAUUAGGAAUAAUGCAUAUUUUUUGCUAUAGUAUGUGAAUUAAAAUGACAAAUUUUGUUAUGAGCAUGCAACCAUUAGAUAGACAGUUAUUUCAUUUUAGACUUAAGAAAUUAAAAAAAGUCUCUACCAUUUUUAGUAUGCAGUUAUAUUUUGUUAAUAGUGGAUGUAUAAAGUUGUUUAAAUAAUGUAAAUGUCGAGUUCUCCUUAAGUAGUUUUUAAAAUAAAUUAGUGAUGUUUAAUUAUUCAGACUUUUAAUAAAAUAUUCAUCAAUAUAGUUCUUAAUAUGUGAAGUUUAAUAAAUGUCUUGAAAUUAAGAGCAUUUUAAUUUUGUUAUGUAUUAAAGUACAUCUCUUGAACACCUUUUGCUGUUAUUUUACAAUUAACCACAGAACUCCCUAUUUUACUACAAUGUUCUAUUUUAGAAAGUUAUUUCAAAUCAAUAAUGGUCGCCAUUAAAACUGAGCCCAAACAAAAAAAAGCUUUAUGCAUAUUUAUUGUGCAUCUUCCUUUUAAUCCAUGCUUGUUCAUUGCCAUGUUUUAUAUCUGAAGGGCUUUGGCAUAUUUAUUUUUAAAAUUUAGAUUUCAUUUUUAAGUUUAGAUCUAGUCAUGUGUUUUUGGAAGUAUUUCUUUAGACUGUUCUUGUUGGCCUAUUUAUAGAGUACAGUUUACUUAUAUUAAAAGAAAAAAAAAUUUCUAAAAUGAAUAUUUUAGUCAUGAAAUGAAUGUUUUUCUUGAGCAUCCUAAAGCAUGUUUGAACAAAACACUGAAUUUUAUAGAUUUUUACAUUGUUAGUAAAAUUUUAUUAAUUUUUUUUCUUCGUAUUAUGGAUAUAUUACUUCAUUACACAAGAAAAGUAAUAUGUAAUGGUACAUUCCCUUUUUUUUAAAAAAAAAAAAUUAGUAAUCUAGAUUUAUUUUAUUUGAAUGAAAUUUUUUUUGAACCAUUUGAUUUCUAAACUUAUUUUGUAAUUCUCUUAUCUGUUUUCUUUGUUGAUUCAAUUGUAAUUUAUAUACUCAUCAUUUAAUAAAACUGAUGAAAUGAU